AGGUCUCAAAUGGGAAAUCAUUAUUGAGCGGGUAUGUUUUUUACUAGGGUCCUAUUGUGAUGGGAUCUCUAGGGUACGACCUGGAAUUGUGGGACAGCCGUGCCCCUUAACUCUCCAGCCUGGACAGUCUCUCACAAUGCUUUGCUAGUGACAAGUAGCAAACCACGCCAGGUGCUAUCAUCACUCAGCCAUCAGGAUACAGAGAUACCCAGCUAAGUUGCACGAAUGCUCUCUAAGGCACACAUGAACUAAUACAGAGGGAAACACAAGGCAGUCUGUCCAGUCUUACACUGCUCAAGACUUUAACUUGAACAAUGCAAGCUCCUUAAUUAGCUACUCCUGGAGAAUUCAGCACCACUGUGCGUGUGCACAAUUCAUGUCCCACGCAGAUUUCUUUGCUUUGCUGCAGAAAAUAAUGGGGAAGCAAAGGAAAGCCGCAAGAGCAGUCACACAUCCCUCCUCAGCAGCGUAGGUGUGUCAUUUUUGGUGCCCAGAGCAGUCAUUGGAGAGGUUAAAUGAUAUGUGGACGAUUGGCCUACAGGACAGAGAGCUAACAUGCUGGGAAGAGAUUGAACAGAGUGGUGAGAUCCCUCCUUCCUGCUGUAAUUUUCCUGUGGCUGUUUGCAAAGACAAGAUGUUUGUGUUUUCUGGCCAGAGUGGAGCAAAGAUCACCAAUAAUCUCUUUCAGUUUGAAUUCAAGGAAAAAAUCCCCAAACAUGAUGACUUGUUUGGCCCUGAGCAUGUAGGGAAGACACUAGCCAGCUGGACACGAAUUCCUACUGAACACUUACUUCGGGGCUCCCCUCCUCCUCCACAGCGAAGAUAUGGUCACACCAUGGUUGCCUUUGAUCGCCACCUCUAUGUGUUUGGUGGUGCUGCAGAUAACACAUUGCCAAAUGAACUACAUUGCUAUGAUGUGGACUCUCAGACCUGGGAAGUUAUCCAACCUAGUCCAGAUAGUGAGGUGGCCCAUCCAGAAGUUGCUGAGAGGGUAGCUGCCCCAGAAGAAGCUCCUUCCUUCUCUUCAGAAGAACGUGGUUUAAAAAAAUCUCGAGAUGUAUUUGGUUUAGAUUUCGGCAUAACAACAGUUAAACAACAGCCCACAGCAGACUCUGAGCUGCCAAGUGGGAGACUCUUCCAUGCUGCAGCUGUCAUCUCAGACGCCAUGUACAUCUUUGGUGGGACAGUGGACAAUAACAUUAGAAGCGGAGAAAUGUACAGAUUCCAGUUUUCUUGUUACCCAAAAUGCACUUUACAUGAAGAUUAUGGAAGACUGUGGGAAAACAGGCAGUUCAGCGACUUGGAGUUUGUUCUGGGAGAGAAGGAAGACCGAGUCCGGGGACAUGCAGCCAUUGUCACAGCUCGCUGUAAGUGGCUAAGGAAGAAAAUUAUACAGGCAAGGGAGAGAUUGAAACAGAAAUCUAAGCAAGAGAUUGAAGAAGAGGGACAAGCACUGUCUCAGAACGAGGGGAUUUGUGGCAAUGUCAAGCUGUGCUGUCUGCAACCCCUGCUGGAAGUGACAAUCCGAGAAGCUGAAGCUCAGCCCUUUGAGGUGCUCAUGCAGUUCCUGUACACAGAUAAAAUAAAAUACCCACGCAAAGGUCAUGUGCAGGAUGUACUGCUUAUCAUGGACGUGUACAAACUAGCCCUGAAUUUCAAGCUCUCGCGACUGGAACAGCUCUGCCUCCAGUAUAUUGAAGCAUCUGUAGAUCUACAGAAUGUGCUCAUUGUGUGUGAAAAUGCUAACAAGCUUCAACUGGAACAACUAAAGGAACACUGCCUGAACUUUGUGGUUAAAGAGUCACAUUUUAAUCAGGUAAUAAUGAUGAAGGAAUUUGAGCAUCUUUCCUCAUCCCUGAUAGUGGAGAUAGUACGAAGAAAACAGCAGCCUCCUGUUCGAACACAUUCCGAUCAGCCUGUGGAUAUUGGAACAUCUUUGAUUCAGGAUAUGAAGGCUUAUCUAGAAGGAGCUGGGAUCGAGUUUUGUGAUAUCAUCCUGCUGUUAGAUGGCCACCCAAGACCAGCACAUAAGGCAAUUCUGGCAGCCCGCUCCAGUUACUUUGAAGCCAUGUUCCGUUCCUUCAUGCCAGAAGAUGGACAAGUAAAUAUUUCUAUAGGUGAAAUGGUUCCCAGUAAACAAGCAUUUGAAUCUAUGCUGAGAUACAUUUACUAUGGUGAAGUGAACAUGCCUCCUGAAGAUUCCCUCUACCUCUUCGCUGCCCCUUAUUAUUAUGGUUUCUACAACAACAGACUUCAAGCAUACUGCAAGCAGAACCUGGAAAUGAAUGUUACAGUGGAAAAUGUGCUCCAGAUUUUAGAGGCAGCUGACAAGACACAGGCUCUGGACAUGAAGAAGCACUGCCUACAUAUCAUUGUUCACCAAUUCACCAAGGUCUCCAAGUUGCCAAAUCUGCGGUCCCUCAGUCAGCCGCUCCUUCUUGACAUCAUAGAAUCAUUAGCCAAUCACAUAUCAGACAAGCAAUGUGCAGAGCUGGGUUCAGACAUAUAAAACACUUCCAGACCUCUUUCAUUUGUUCCUCAAAGGGCUGCACUUUACAGCUGAAUCCCUCUAUACUGAGCUGCUCAGAAUGUCAACACAAUAAAGCAGAAGACCUGUGAAGAGCAUGAAAAUCUGAACUAUUGCUCUCUUGUGGAUCUGCAUGGCUUACAUCUGUGUAUUUGAGGCAGAAGCUGGUCUCAGCCAUACCACCGUAAAAUUGAAAUAACUGGGAGCAAUGAGUUUAUUCCAGAUUUACCUUAGUGUAACUGAGUUCAGAAUCUGGCCUAUUGCUUUUAUUUUCUAAAAUAUAAACAGUAAUGGAUAAAAGGAUCAUUAAUAUUAUGAAACACAAAUAUCCAGUGGCUGGAAGUUGAAGUCAGCAAUAAUUAAAUUGGAACUAAAAUGCACAAUUUUAACAGCCCAGAAUACAAAGGCUUUCUAUAUUCUCCAUCACUUGGAGUCUUUAAAUCUAUAUUGGGUGUCUUUCUAAAAGAUAAGCUUUUACUCAACCACCUUAUUAUGCUGGACACCGGAAGCGUGAAAUUCUCGGGCCAGUGUUUUGCAGGAGGCCAGACUAAGAUCAUCAUAAUGGCCCCUUCUGACUUUUAAAAUCUAUUAACCCUAUCCAGUCAAGCCUUCCUGAAAUAAUGUAUUAGUAAAUAGCUACGCUCUUCUGCCUGCAUGGCAGGAAUCAGUUUGUUUUAGCUUGGGGGAAAUGAAGCAAAAGGAGGCACUGGAACAAGGGUGUCCAACCUGUGGCCUUUUAAGGUGACUAUGUUAGGAAAGUCCCUAUUUGAUUCUGAAUUGAAGAUAUGCUCCAGCCACAUCCUGUGACCUUCCCCUCCUGCCCUGCCCCCCCGUAACUGAUGUGUUUUCAUCAGCUGUAGUCACUGCAGGAAAGUGAAUGAAUCAUAGUUCUAUGAUUCUUGGAUCUCUUCUACUUAACGACAGUAAAGGUCUGUUUCCAGCAGAUACCAGAGCCACACACCUGUGCUGUACUAUUAGCUUCACUAUUUCAUAUGUGUGUCUGAAAAGGUGGUUGUUUUUGUGAUGUCCAGUUGCUAUUCACCAGCUCCUUGGUGCUGAGUAGCAGUAUGUUAGAUGCUGUUGUCCCUUCAGUUAAUUCAAGGGAUAUGCUUUAUGGAAUGAUAGAUUGUCCUCCCAGUUAAGGAUUUGUGCUAGCUGCAGUGCAGGUGGAUCUGAAUGGAGAAGGCAGAGUGAAACCUGACAGCAGGACAGGCCCGUCGAACUGAAUUCUAGUAGAUGCAUCCCUUCUCCAAAUAUGUACACCCAUUCCUCUGGUAUAUGCUCUGUAUUUCAUUUGGAAAUUAAACUGACCAGUAAACAGUGUACCAGUAAAUAGCACUUAUGUGCCACCACCACUAACCCUAUUGACUCCACUUUCUAAGAAUCUCAGGGCAGUUUAAAGCUGGAACCUGUGGUUCACACCCAUGGCUGUCAGCAUUGCAUAGAGUCUAUAUUCUCAGAACUCAGAGGCACAUACAAACCCUGUUUUUUUACAAUGAACCGUAUGACCUAGUUAUCUCAAUUGCAAAGUAAAACUUACUUUAUAGCAAAAUGGAACCAUAUAGUCUGGAGCAUCAGUCAGCAGAACUGUUCUGAAUGGGAGUCUCACACUGACUACAGCUGCCUUUACAUGGAAACAGUCAAAUGUGUCUCACAUGGAGGAGCUUUUGAUCUACAGUGUACACAAGACUGCCCACAUUCCGGAAGCACAGCAACAAAGGUGAAAUUUUCAGGUUGGGUUUAAUCUGGUCUCACUGAGAUUUUAGACCUGCUAGAUGAGUUAGGUCUGGGAGCUCUUAUUUGAACCUCCUCUCGGGUAAAGUGAAGCACCAUUAUUAAUAAAGAUUAGCAGUACCUGUUUGAGUGCUAGGAACUUAAGAAUUGCCAUACCAGAUCAGACGAGUUGUGCAUCUCAUCUAGUAGUAUGUUGUCUCUGCCUCAGAGGAAGAUGCAAGUAUUCUAUAGUGGAUGCUGUGGGAUAAGCAGCCCUUAUGAGUUGUUUCUCCCUAACUCCCACCAAUGAGAGAUUGAUGAAGGGUUACCUCCUUUUUUUUCUCCUCUCACUGUGGUUAUUCUAAUUAUCCAUAUAAUUCUCAACUCUUAAAAAUCCCAUUGAGCUCUAGGUCUCAAUGAUAUCUUGGCAGCGAUUUCCACAGACUGAUUAUGUGUUGUUUUCAGGGGUAUUUCGUUUGAUCAGUUUUCAGUUCGAUAAAUGUCUUCCUGUUCUUGUAUUUGAAAAAGGAUAAAUAGGAAUAUAAAUCUCUAUAAUAUUCAUCAUUCUGUGUACCUUUGUAAUGUACCCUCUGAGUCAUCUCUUCUCUAAAGUAACUUGUUCUGAUCUUUUCAAGAUCCUUCCAUCUCUCUAAGAAUUUUUAUCUUCUGUCACAGAAUCCCUGGGUUUUCUGCAGGUUGUAUCCUUUUUAAGAUAAGAUGGCCAGUACUGAAGGCAGCAUUCCAGAUGCAGGCGUACCAAUGAUCUAUAGAAUGGCAUUAUGAUAUUUUCAGUACUGUUUUCUAUCUCAUUGCUGAUCCAUCCAAACAUCUUGUUUGCUUUUUUGAUCACUGUUGCCAUUGAACCAUGACUGCCAUUGAGUUGUUUAUGGCGAUACCUGGGACAUUUUUGGUUACAUUAAUUUAAAUCCCAGGAGUAGUGAGUAUGUGAAUAGUCUAAAUAAUUCUUUCCAAUGUGCAUUAUUUUGCAUUUGUGAGCAUGGAAUUACCAUUGUGCUCCCCAUUUGUCUAGUGCUGGUUAAGUCCAUGUCCAAAUAAUCUUCCCUAACAACUUAAUGCCCUGGCCUUUUUAAGAAAGGGUUAUUGAGAAAACUGUGAUGUAGCUGUCUUAGUAUUACUGGAAGUCCUCAGAUUUCCUUUGUCUCUUUCUUUUUUUUUUUUAACUUUAUUGUUUUUAUGUAAUAGAUAUAUAAAUACAUGCACAGAGCAGAAAUAGCAUAUAAAUAACAAAGUAAAAUGUUCAUUAUUUGCAAAACCUGAAAAAACACGCAAAAAACAGAACCCAUCAAGGUCAUGCAGGGCAUUAAAAGUGACUCAAUAGAUAAAUAAGUGAGAACAUAGUUUACAAGUAUCAGGGAUUAAUACAAACUAAAUUGUGAUUGUAUUAAAGAGUUUCAUGUGUGA